CUGUGCCAUGACUCUGUGCCCUGGAUGCCUGUAAGGGGGACAUCCUCUUGCCAAGGGAAAAUGAGGUCUGGAGUGCAAUCUCUGCUGCAGCAUUGUUACACACUGCUGGCAAGGAACAUGCAGGCUGGCCUUGGUGUCUCUCCAGGAGGAGAGGAUGUUGUGGUUUUGGAGGAUAGUUUUCCACGGACGCACGCAAAUGUGGAAAAGCACUGGGAUGUUUUAAUUUCCCUUCUUUAUGCGGCCUUCAUCCUGGGAAAGAGGAUUUCUAGUGAAGCCUCUCUUAAAUGGGGUCAUCUGGCAGAUUGGCUGUGUAACACCAAAAUAUCACAGGGCACGUAGAUGUUGGCUUGAAACGACAAAGCUACUGAGAGCCUGCUUGAGUCCUGGAGCUGCCUCCCCUGCCCAGCAGUGUUGGCAAGCAAGGACGGGUUCCCAGGACCUCAGCAGAGCCCUGGCCUCGAGGCAUGGACAGAAACAUGAGGAAACCUGAGUGUUCAUAGUCCAUCUCCUGGGGGAGGGAUGGUGUUCCACAAGCCCCAACAGGUCCACAUCUCACCAUCUCCUUCUCCUCUCGUCCUAGUUCUUUGCCCAGCUGCUGGGGUUCCUGAUCAGCGUGGUCAGCUCCAUCUUCUGUGGCCACCUGGGGAAAGCUGAGCUGGAUGCUGUGACCCUGGCUGUGUCUGUACGUAUUGCUCCAAUUCUCCUUGGAUUUAAAACAUAUUAUGUGUCAACAAAAAAAGAAGAACUAAAAAAACCAGACCUGUAGGAAUGUACAUGUGAGGGCCCUGUUCUUUUUUUUUUUUUUCCCUGAGCACAGGCAGGAGAGGGGAGCUGAGCAGUCAGUGCCUGUGCCAGUGCAAGGCCAGCACCUGAGAGUCUCUGGCCAGUUCCCUGAACCCACCAGACCUGGGCAUGUAGCCAGGAGCAGCACUGUGUGGUGGUGCUUCAGAUCUUCUUACUAGAAGAUCCUUUUCCCCACUAUUUAGUUAAGAGACCAUGUUAUUCUGAGAAAUAGAGAAGGACUGGAAAAUUUCCCAAAAACUUGUAGCAGAACUGUCUCCCCACCCAGCUGGGAGGGAGACAGUGCUGUGGGCCAGGUUCCCCUGUCUCUCCUCCAGGUUAUCAACGUGACAGGAAUCUCCAUCGGUUCUGGCUUAGCCUCAGCCUGUGACACUCUGAUGACCCAGACAUAUGGCAGCAAGAACCUGAAGCAGGUGGGCACCAUCCUGCAGCGAGGCAUCCUCAUCCUGCUGCUGUUCUGCUUCCCUUGCUGGGCCCUCUUCAUCAACACCGAGAGGAUCCUUCUGCUCAUCCGACAGGACCCCGAGGUCUCCAGGUUAACUCAGCUCUACGUGAUGAUCUUUAUUCCAGCACUUCCUGCGGUGUUUCUGUUCCAGCUGCUGACAAGAUAUUUACUGAGUCAGGAGAUCAUUAUGCCUCAGGUGGUGACAGGGAUUGCAGCCAACAUCCUCAAUGCUGCCAUGAACGCCUUCCUCCUCUAUGCUCUGAAGCUGGGCAUGGUGGGCUCUGCCUGGGCUAACAUGGUUUCUCAGUACACCCAGGUCAUCCUCCUUGUCCUUUACAUGUGGUGGAGGAAGAUCCAUGUGAAGACCUGGGGAGGCUGGAGCAGGGAGUGCCUCGUGGACUGGGGCUCCUUCAUCUGGCUGGCAGUGCCUGGCAUGGUCAUGCUGUGCAUUGAGUGGUGGACCUUUGAGAUUGGGAGCUUCUUGGCUGGGCUGAUCAGUGUGGUGGAGCUGGGUGCACAAUCUGUCAUCUAUGAGCUCGCCUGUGUCGCAUACAUGGUGCCUCUGGGCAUCAGCGUGGCUGCGAGUGUCAGAGUGGGGAAUGCCUUGGGAGCAGGGAAUGUGGAGCAAGCCAAGACCUCCUGUAUCACUGCACUGCUGUGCACAGGAGUUUUCGCUGUGGUGGUUGCAGCAUUGCUGGGGAGCCUAAGGAACGUGGUGGGAUACAUCUUCACCAACGACACGGAGAUUGUCAGCUUGGUGUCCAAAGUGAUGCUCAUCUUCGGUCCGUUCCACUUGCUGGAUGCAACAGCUAGCACGUGUGGCGGGGUGCUGCGGGGCACGGGCAAGCAGAAGCUGGGCGCCAUCGCCAACGCCAUCGGAUAUUACACCAUCGGCUUCCCCAUCGGCAUCUCCCUGAUGUUUGCAGCCAGGAUGGGGGUGUUAGGUCUGUGGGUUGGGAUGAUCAUUUGCAUCUCCGUGCAAGCCCUUUCCUUCUUGGCUUUUGUCAUCCGAAUGGAUUGGAAGAAAGCUGCAGAGGAGGCUCAAGUCCGAGCUGGAAUGAAAGAACAAGUGGAAGAUGUGAACUCCAAUGGCACAGCUGCUAACAAAACAUCUGCUGUGGGUUACACCUCCCUUGACACAGACACCGGGGACACCGCGGUCCUGCCCGAGAGCAUCGUGAUGGGGGAGAGGCAGCCUGACCACGAGCUCAGCACACAGGAGGAGCCCGUUGUCGUUGUCCCUGUUCUUCCCCCUGUGGCAUGGAGGGCUGUGAUCUUCCACCGUGUGCUGGCUGCUGCUGCUGCCAUCGCUGUCCUGCUGGUGGGAAUCCUGGUCCGGCUCCUGACUGGCAAUGGCUAAAACCGGGGACACUGAGGAGCUGUGCAUGGAGCAGGAGGGCACGUGGCAAUGUCCCAGAGGAUGGUUGGACAAGGAAUUCCCCUGCAGUGCCUUACAAAAAGUCUCUUUGCACAGUUUCUGGUUAACUCACAAUGUUUUAUCCCACACGCAGAGUUCUUCAAGGGGGUGAGGAUGUGGCACCUGGGGAAAAAAAAAAAAAGUGCUUGAGAGCUGGUUCCUCUCUUGCACUGCACUGGGAUGUCACCUGUGAAAGGUGGGAGUGCAUCCUGGGGCUGACCUGAGAAGAAGACAGGGUCCUGGUGCUGCUGUCCUUCUCUCUGGGGACACUGGACCGUGUCAUUUGCUCAUGGCAGAGGCUCCUGCUGCCCACAGCACGUUUCCUCACACACCAGCCUGUACCAGCAUCUUGGGGUGGCAAAUCCCACUUGCAGCCGUUGUGGCAGCACAGAACAAAAUAGAUUUUGCUGGAAGAUGUCUGACUCUGCUGUUGGGUGCUGGCUGCUGGCCCUGACCCUGCUCUCCCUCUGCAGGCACAGGGCCUAAAGCAACUCUUCUUUGCACUUUUGUAAGGUGGGAUUUUGAUACAAUAAAGUUUUCUGAGUAAAUGUUA